AUGUUGAUGAUGAAGAAUGUGUUCUGCCGAAUUGAUCUUUCGAGUUUCAUUACAGGUACAACAGAACAUACGUGGCAACCCACAACGUCUGCAGAGACGAACUUACCAAGUUACUGGCUUAACUGGAGAUUCUUUGUCUGCGCAAUCUUCAUCGUAACGUCUUUGUUUCUAUCUUCUUUCUUGGUUUGGAGAUACGAAGGGCUUAUAAAACGCAAGGCUGGUGAUCAAAGAGAACCGAUAGGAGUUGUAUACGAUGAUGAAACUUGGAAUACUUGUGUGGCAAGGAUUCAUCCCAAUUGGCUUUUAGGUUUUCGAGUUUUUGGUUUUGUUGUUCUUCUUGGACUCAUCUCUGGUAAUGCAAUGGCUGAUGGAGCCAGUAUUUUCAUAUUUUACACACAAUGGACUUUCAUAUUGGUCACAAUCUACUUCGGGCUUGGAGCCUUGGUGUCUAUACACAGAUUUAAAUCUGGUGAGAACUGUCUGAACGGAAUCAGUACAGAUGAUGAAGAGCUAGGGUCGUAUGGACCUCCCCUGAAUGGUAAUGUGUUUAAAUCUUCUAACGGACAAGGGAGACACGUUAGGUCUACACGUGAAGUUGCAUCUACAUUGGGUUACAUCCAUCAGAUUCUUUUCCAAACUUGUGCAGGAGCUGUAUUGCUUACAGAUGGUGUGUUUUGGUUCAUUAUCUACCCUUUUCUCACAUCCAAAGAUUUCAGUCUCGAUUUUUUCAUUGUGGUUAUGCACUCGGUCAACGCUGUUUUCCUCCUCGGCGAAACUUUCUUGAACUCUCAGAGAUUCCCAUUGUUUAGGAUUUCAUACUUUGUGGAAUGGACCGGCGUAUUCGUGCUAUUUCAAUGGAUUGUUCAUGCUUGUGUCUCCUUCUGGUGGCCAUACCCAUUCUUGGAUUUAUCAUCACCCUAUGCCCCUUUAUUGUAUGCUGCUGUUGGGUUGAUGCACUUACCAUGCUUUGGAAUCUUUGUGUUGAUCGUGAAGUUGAAGUACAUAUGUCUCUCAAAAUGUUUCUCAGAAGAACCUUAUAGUAAUAGCUAG